CGGCCCAGGGGCUGCCGCGGGACUCGGGGCGCAGCCGGGGGGCUGCAGGGGUGGGGCGGGCCGGACACGCCGCGGGGCCCGGACGCCGCGGGUUCGAGACCGGGCCCCGCGCAGGGAGGCCGCGCCACCCCGAGGGAGCUGCCCAGCGGCGAGUUUGCCCAGCAGCCGAAAGAAGGCGGGAGCCAGCGGGGGCCCUCAAAACCCACUGGCAACCCGGGCCCGAAGUCUCCGGGGAGCGGCCGCUUCCUGGGACGCCCUCCCGGACGCCCCUGUCCAAGGGUAACGGUUCUGGGCCCCCGGCAGAAGGCGCCUUCGGGUGACCCCCGGCGGGGCCCUGCGAGCCGCAGGAGCCAACCCCGGGGCCUCGAGCGGGGAGGAAGGGGCUCUCCAGAGACGCGGGGCCGGGGCCGAAGGAGCCGGAGCGUGGCGGAGAGGAGUGGGGCCCCCCCGGGCGCGGGGCACUGCAGUGCCUUGUCUGGAGACGGACUCUGAGACCCUCGGGUCCGGGGGUGUCAGCAACCUGCCCCGCAGCGAGUGCGGCCGCGGAGUGGCCUACAGGUGACCUCUUCCCGAGGGACUGGCCCGGGGCGGGGAGAUGAACGGCUUUAGCACAGAGGAGGACAGCCGCGAAGGGCCCCCUGCCGCCCCGGCCGCUGCCCCGGGCUACGGCCAGAGCUGCUGCCUCAUCGAGGACGGCGAGCGCUGCGUCCGGCCCGCGGGCAACGCCUCCUUCAGCAAGAGGGUCCAGAAGAGCAUCUCACAGAAGAAACUCAAGCUGGACAUCGACAAGAGCGUCAGGCACCUGUAUAUCUGUGAUUUCCACAAAAAUUUCAUCCAGAGUGUACGAAAUAAAAGGAAGAGGAAGACAAGUGACGACGGUGGAGAUUCUCCUGAGCACGACACUGACAUUCCUGAGGUUGAUCUGUUCCAGCUGCAGGUGAACACUCUACGACGCUAUAAACGACACUACAAAUUGCAGACCAGACCAGGCUUCAAUAAGGCCCAGUUAGCAGAAGACAACUGCCUGGUACAAGGGGGAUGGCAGGAGAGGAAGCUUACUCUGGGAGCCUCGCCUAUUGAAAUCGGCUGUCCCGACCCAGAGUGGUUGCUUCAUGGAAAUCAUCGGAAGGCUCUCAGUCAUUAUGACAACAAGAUCCACAAGUUGGGAAAGGGCCUUUAACUCAUCCAUCCAGUCUCCCCAUAGGUGCUGACAUUCUGCCUCCAGCCAUCCAUCCCCCCCAAGGGUUUGAGCAAUCUGGGCUUGAACACCUCUGAGGACAGAGAACUCACUACCUCCUGGGGGCAUCUGGUUCUAUCUUUGUAAACCUCUGGCUUUUCUGUGUUCUCUGUCAUUUUCAUCCGAGCCUCUGCCCAGUGGGGGCCAUACGGAACAAGUUGCUCAUCUUGGCCAAGGACCUAAUUGCUGGCACUGCCCCGGGCAUAGCAGUUAGUUGUCUUUUAAUAAGGAGCAGCUAGCAAGUGGACACUCUGGUGUCCUGAUUGCCCACCCCCCUGAGUACUGGUGCAUUUAUUCCCUUGUUGGAGAAUAUUGAGGAAACCCCUUCAGCCUGGUUCUUGCUGAAGUUGAUAGAGAGGGUCAGGGGAGGCAGGGAUGCUGUUGGCCUGCUAAAAACCAUAAGACAGAGGAGGCCUUAGUUCUGUGCUUGUUCCACAAAAACUAAUGCUUAUAUCACUUAGGAAGAACUUGAGCUAGAAAAAUUUUAAAUACAGCUCUGUGUGGAGUUUAAAGUUUCCAUAGCUCCUGAGGGCUUAUACCUUACGAUUCCUGCAAGUACUUCAUAGACUGUUUUUACUGAGAAAACAGAGCUUAGGAACUUGGGGGAGUGGGGGAGCCACAUCUCUCAGUUCAGAGAAGUGCCAUAUUUUCAAGCUGGAAAGUCCUAUAAAGUUACUAUUUCCAGUUCAUUUUUAGAGAUGGGGAAACAAAUUCAAAAAGACAUGCCCAAGUCACCUGGCAUUACCUGGGCUAACCUGUGACUUUGGGGACCUGUCCAGUGUUCUUGUCCCUGUCUGCCUUGCAGCACGACUCUAAUCCAAUCUGAAGUGAGCUGCCCUCAGAUUCUUAAGACCUUGCAACUGAACAAAGUUUCCCAAGACCAACCUGCAGAACUCAAGGUUGAGUUAGAAAAUGAUUAGAAAAGCAGUCAUUUGCGUUUUGCAAAAUGACUGGGAGGGGUAAACAGAACUAGCCUAUAAUUUAAGACCAGGGUUCCAAGUCCUGGAGGAAGACGUAGUGUUAUCCAGAAUCUAAAGUCUUAAAAUGGCCUUGCUCUGCAAUCGGUUGGUCAGCCUCCUGCCUUUCCGGUGGUCUGUGGAGCGUGUGUGAUUCAGUUGGCCCGACUUGGACAGACACAGUUAGUUCUGCAGCCUUGUGAUUCAUGGCCUCCCAGCCCAUUACUGAGCUAGGCAGUUGACCUGAAGGACAGGUGAGCUCUCAAUCAUGCCCUGGGAAGCAUGGUGCUUUAGGGGUGCCUUUUUAUUCCUUUCAUUUUAUUAUAGACUGUUUCCAAGUUUAUGGUUAGGAAGAUGAAAGGUGAUCUGAUGUUUUCACGUGGAAUCCAAACUGGGGCAAGGUGGGACCUUUUCUUAAGGUAGAAAUGUCUACAAUCAGUUAUUUCAUCUAGCUUGCAUCUUAAAACACAAACCUUUCGGUUACUUUCACUUAGCAAACACAUCUUUGCCAAUGAUGGCUGUGUAGGACCCCUGUUCCACAUUUCUAUUAUCUGUUAUGCCCAUCAGAGUGUUUUGGGGGUGUGGAUUUACUUUUUUGUUUUUUUCCAUUUUGUAACUGCCUUAUUGAAAAGCAAGUGCCCUUCCAUUCCAGGCCUCCUCAUAUUGUACAUGUUUCCUGCCAAACUUGGAGGAUCAUUUGUAUUUUAAUUUUGUAAUCUAUGGCUCUGUACUGUUGAAAGGCUCUCAAUUCUGUGGGGUCUCUUUAGUAAUGUAUGUGACUUUUCAUGUUGCAGUAUCACACAGAUGGGACGGCCCGACUUUUGCUCUUAAUAAACGAUCUGAAUGAGUAACAAGAGA